GAACAUCUUUCUCAAACAGUAAAACAUCUGACCAAACACAGGAUUCACGCGGCUUCGCAGCGGUAUUUCACCACCCCGUUAGUUAGACGAAACGAAUUAUUCGCAUAUAGCUGUCAUGCCUCGUUAUCUCUGCUGUCAGUUUACGGACAGAGAUACCAUGCAGAAAUGCAAUCUGUAAAAGUGACGGAAAUGCUUUCAAUUUAGCUCCUGGCGUCUGUAAAGAGAAGAUAGCGUUAUCUUGGAAUACCAGUACCACGGCAAUUAUAACGGCAAACAUGUAAAUACUGCAAUAGAAAGCCAGAUUGGAGUUACUACGUACGUAACUGUGACACGUUGUUAGUUUUCUGGAUCAUUCCUCAUAACGAAAAGAGAAAUUAUCGGUUACAGUUACAGAUUACUGUGCAAGAAGCUGUAUCUCAUACAGUGAGCAGUUCCAAAUCUAUUGGCCGGAAUCAGCUCAUAAUCUAAGUUAACCGUUGAACCUGUUUUUGAUCUGGAAAAGAACUAUAUGCGUUCUGUUUUGGGAAAUUUAAAGAAUAAAAUAUAAAUGGGCAGCUCAAGCAGUCAACUGACAAAAGCUGAAUUAGAAGAUUAUAAGGAUCUUACUUAUCUUACAGAAAGAGAAAUUCAGUACGCCUUCAGAAGAUUCAAGAACUUGUAUCCGCGUGUGUUAAAUAAAGACAAAUAUGCCAGGAUAUCUGUUGAUUUAAUAAAAAGGAUGCCAGAAUUCCAGAAUAAUCCCUUCACUCCUCGAAUCUGUGAUAUAUUUUCAUCCGAAAGAGACGGACACUGGUCUUUUGAAGACUUCUUGGAUAUGGUAUCCGUUUUCAGCCCAAAUGCACCAGCUGAUAAGAAAGCAGAAUACGCAUUUAACAUCUACGAUUUUGACCAAGAUGGCUACUUAUCAAAAGAAGAUUUAGAGACGUUAAUAUGCUACCUAACAGCAGGUCAACACCUGGAACGGCACGAAAUAGAAGAAAUAAUCGAAAAAACAAUGGAAGAAGCGGAUAUCGAUAAAGAUGGAAUGCUAUCACCUGGAGAAUUUAAACACGUUUUGAUGAAAUGCCCUGAUUUUGGAAGGUAG